UUCAGUCAGCAUCAUUCUCUCAUCUGAACGCGCAGAGAAAGUGACGCAACAAAGAGAGAAAGGGUUAGAGAAAGAAAGCAGGAAGCAGUAUGGACUCUCAGUUGGCAAACAAAGAGGCGAUACCGCGCUUCAAGGUACCGAAGUCUGCUCUGUCAUCGGGCACCGGCAAGCAGAGAAACAAAGAAAUAGAUUACAAAAAUGAGCCAAGAACUGCAGUCGUACAAACGAACGAUACCGGUACGACUUCACGAGAAGUUCUCAAUGACAGAGCGCAACAACUUAUCGACAAGCUCAACGAAAAAAGAAAGAAGGAUGCUACAAUUUUGGCCGAUUUUAAGAAAUCACUGGAAGAUCAAGCAGCCAAUGCUUACAGCACAGUGGAGCAAAGAAUGGUCCAAAUGUAUGAAAGGCACAGUAAAAUUGUUCAGGAGAAAGUUCAAGAGCUAUUUGCGAUUCUAGACCGUAUUGCAAAGCAAGAAGAAGAACUGUGUCGGUUCCGAAGCGCUUUGGGAAUGCUUUACAGUGACGUCCGUGAACCUUGAAGUUUUUCAGCUGACGGUACCGUAUAUACUAUAGACUGGCAAGCUUAAAGAUAAACAAUGGCUCUCUGUAACUUGCUAGAAAGACUUUGACCAUACAGUACAGUCUAGCUAUGAGAUA